AUGGCGGACAGCAGGGAGAAAGCGCUGCAGGAUUACAGGAAGAAAUUACUGGAACACAAAGAAAUAGACGGACGAUUAAAAGAACUCAGAGAACAGCUCAGAGAGCAGACCAAGCAGUACGAGAAGUCUGAGAAUGACCUGAAAGCUCUGCAAAGUGUUGGACAGAUCGUCGGAGAGGUGCUCAAACAACUGACUGAGGAGAAAUUCAUCGUCAAGGCCACCAAUGGGCCACGCUACGUGGUUGGCUGCCGCAGACAGCUGGACAAAACGCAGCUCAAGCCGGGGACCAGAGUGGCUUUGGACAUGACGACGCUCACGAUCAUGAGGUACCUGCCCAGGGAGGUGGACCCACUGGUCUACAACAUGUCCCAUGAGGAUCCAGGCAGUGUGUCGUACUCUGAGAUUGGCGGCUUGUCUGAACAGAUCCGUGAGCUGAGAGAGGUGAUUGAGUUGCCUCUGACGAACCCUGAACUUUUCCAGAGAGUUGGGAUCAUCCCUCCUAAAGGAUGUUUGCUUUACGGGCCUCCGGGCACUGGGAAAACUCUUCUUGCCAGAGCGGUGGCCAGUCAGCUGGACUGUAACUUCCUUAAGGUGGUGUCAAGCUCCAUCGUGGACAAAUACAUUGGUGAGAGCGCGCGGCUGAUCAGAGAGAUGUUCAACUAUGCCAGAGACCAUCAGCCAUGCAUCAUCUUCAUGGAUGAGAUUGAUGCUAUAGGUGGCCGGCGGUUCUCAGAGGGAACCUCAGCUGACAGAGAGAUCCAGAGGACUCUGAUGGAGCUGCUGAACCAAAUGGAUGGUUUUGACACACUGCAUCGAGUCAAAAUGAUCAUGGCCACCAACAGACCUGACACGCUGGACCCCGCCCUGCUGCGGCCUGGCAGACUUGACCGCAAAAUCCACAUCGAACUGCCUAACGAGCAGGCUCGUCUGGACAUCCUGAAGAUUCACUCCAGUCCCAUCACCAAACACGGCGAGAUCGACUUUGAAGCCAUCGUGAAGCUGUCGGAUGGUUUUAACGGUGCUGAUCUGAGGAACGUCUGUACAGAAGCAGGUUUGUUUGCUAUUCGGUCCGAUCGUGAGUACGUCACUCAGGAGGACUUCAUGAAAGCUGUGCGGAAGGUUGCAGAUUCAAAGAAGCUGGAGUCCAAGCUGGACUACAAACCUGUAUGAGGUCACAAAGAGGGGUUUCAGUAGAGCUCAUUAAAGCUGUGUUCCUGUUUCCACGUUACAGUCUCGAUUACUGCACUGGAUUGAAGAGGCUCCUGUCUGUGCUUCAUUUCCACAAAUAAAACUAUCUUCUCAGA